UUUUGAUUGGCUGAGGGUGGAGUUUGUAUCUGCAGGUUUAGCGCCACUGCAGGCUGAGGCUGUGGAGAGUGUGCGGCUCCAGGUGGGCUCACGCGGUCGUGAUGUCUCGGGAGUCGGAUGUUGAGGCUCAGCAGUCCCAUGGCAGCAGUACCUGUUCACAGCCCCAUGGCAGCGUUACCCAGUCCCAAGGUUCCUCCUCACAGUCCCAGGGCAUAUCCAGCUCCUCUACCAGCACAAUGCCAAACUCCAGCCAGUCCUCUCACUCCAGCUCUGGGACACUGAGCUCCUUAGAGACAGUGUCCACUCAGGAACUCUAUUCUAUUCCUGAGGACCAAGAACCUGAGGACCAAGAACCUGAGGAGCCUGCCCCUGCCCCCUGGGCUCGAUUAUGGGCCCUUCAGGAUGGAUUUGCCAAUCUUGAAUGUGUGAAUGACAACUACUGGUUUGGGAGGGACAAAAGCUGUGAAUAUUGCUUUGAUGAACCACUGCUAAAAAGAACAGAUAAAUACCGGACAUAUAGCAAGAAACACUUUCGGAUUUUCAGGGAAGUGGGUCCUAAAAACUCUUACAUUGCAUACAUAGAAGAUCACAGUGGCAAUGGAACCUUUGUAAAUACAGAGCUUGUAGGGAAAGGAAAACGCCGUCCUUUGAAUAACAAUUCUGAAAUUGCACUUUCACUAAGCAGAAAUAAAGUUUUUGUCUUUUUUGAUCUGACUGUAGAUGAUCAGUCAGUUUAUCCUAAGGCAUUAAGAGAUGAAUACAUCAUGUCAAAAACUCUUGGAAGUGGUGCCUGUGGAGAGGUAAAGCUGGCUUUUGAGAGGAAAACAUGUAAGAAAGUAGCCAUAAAGAUCAUCAGCAAAAGGAAGUUUGCUAUUGGUUCAGCAAGAGAGACAGACCCAGCUCUCAAUGUUGAAACAGAAAUAGAAAUUUUGAAAAAGCUAAAUCAUCCUUGCAUCAUCAAGAUUAAAAACUUUUUUGAUGCAGAAGAUUAUUAUAUUGUUUUGGAAUUGAUGGAAGGGGGAGAGCUGUUUGACAAAGUGGUGGGGAAUAAACGCCUGAAAGAAGCUACCUGCAAGCUCUAUUUUUACCAGAUGCUCUUGGCUGUACAGUACCUUCAUGAAAAUGGUAUUAUACACCGUGACUUAAAGCCAGAGAAUGUUUUACUGUCAUCUCAAGAAGAGGACUGUCUUAUAAAGAUUACUGAUUUUGGGCACUCCAAAAUUUUGGGGGAGACCUCUCUCAUGAGAACCUUAUGUGGAACCCCUACCUACUUGGCUCCUGAAGUUCUUGUUUCUGUUGGGACUGCUGGAUAUAACCGUGCUGUGGACUGCUGGAGUUUAGGAGUUAUUCUUUUUAUCUGCCUUAGUGGGUAUCCACCUUUCUCUGAGCAUAGGACUCAAGUGUCGCUGAAGGAUCAGAUCACCAGUGGAAAAUACAACUUCAUUCCUGAAGUCUGGGCAGAGGUCUCAGAGAAGGCUCUGGACCUUGUCAAGAAGUUGUUGGUAGUGGAUCCCAAGGCACGUUUUACGACAGAAGAAGCCUUAAGACACCCGUGGCUUCAGGAUGAAGACAUGAAGAGAAAGUUUCAAGAUCUGCUGUCUGAGGAAAAUGAAUCCACAGCUCUACCUCAGCCUUCUACUAGUCGAAAGCGGCCCCAUGAGGGGGAAGCUGAGGGUGCCGAGACCACAAAGCGCCUGGCUGUGUGUGCUGCUGUAUUGUGAACUCCGUGGUUUGAACAUGAAAGAAAUGUACCUUCUUUCACUCUGUCAUCUUUCUUUUCUUUAAGUCCGUUUUUUAUAAUUUGUAUUUUAAUUAUGGGAAUAAUUGCUUUUUCACAGUCACUGAUGUACAAAUAAAAACCUGAUGGAACCUGG